AUGCAAACUACCACUGCCUUCCUCGGUGCCACCGGCGGCUGCGUCAACUCCUGCCUCGCCCACAGUCUGCAGAAUGGCUUCUACGCCGUGGCACUCGCCCGCACACCCUCCAAGCUGACCUCGAUGCUGCUGAGCCAAGGUCUCGUCAAAGAAACCCUGGACAGACAACUCCGCAUCAUCCAAGGCGACGCCACCGACCCAGCCGCCAUCAAAGCAACCCUCCUCAACACCACCACUACCAGCGACGGCACCCCGGAGCUAGUAUCGAGCAUCAUCAGCGGGAUCGGCGGGCUUCCAACCGUGCGCAAAAUGCGCAUCGAAUUUGAUCACCCGCACAUCUGCGAAGAAACCACCCAAGCCCUGCUCACAGCCCUGCGCGAGAUCUACGCGGAAUACCCAUCACUCCCCGAGACGCAAUCAAAGCCGCUGUUGACCGUCAUCUCCGGCAUGGGCAUCGAACCCAACAACCGUGACGAUGUCCCGUGGCUGAUACGCUGGCCGUUCCAUGCUCUACUGCAUAUCCCGCACGCCGAUAAGUGGCGCAUGGAGGAGAUCCUCGCAGAGAAGGAGCCUCGCUCGCUGUUUACGGGGGUGGUUGUUGUUCGCCCCGGUAGUCUGCUGACAGGCGACCAUACUAUUAAGUCUGGGAAGGGGCUGGAGACGGUGCGCGUUGGGACGGGGAGUGGGACGCCGGUGGUCGGGUAUACGAUUUCGCGCGCGGAUGUGGGGGAGUGGGUUUUUAGGGAGAUUAUGGUUGAAGGGGGGCAGAAGUGGAUUGAUGAGAAGGUGUCGUUGACGAACUAG